AUGCCGAGUUUGAGCGUAAACGUAACGAGUGACUUCGUCACUGAAUCUGUGACUCCGUUGAACACGCUCAACGAAUCCCCGAAAUCGUCUCGAACUCAAAUGGAACUGCUCAUCGGUAAAAUACAAGCAGACUUUGUUCGUGCCCUGGAGUCCUUCGAAAGUGAGAAGGUCUUCAAAAUUGAUCGUUGGUUGCGGCCGGAAGGCGGCGGCGGGAUAACAUGCGUGCUUCAAGAUGGUGACGUGUUCGAGAAGGCUGGUGUGAAUAUUUCUGUGGUCCAUGGACAUUUGCCUCCACCAGCCGUGGCUCAGAUGAAAUCCAGAGGGAAAAAUUUUCCGGAUGAAGGUGGGAAGUUGCCGUUUUUUGCAGCUGGGGUCAGUUCUGUGAUACACCCCAGAAACCCGUUCGUGCCCACCAUUCACUUCAAUUACAGGUAUUUCGAAGUCGAGGUGCUGCGGGAUGGAAAUGCCGAACGAGUAUGGUGGUUUGGCGGUGGAACCGAUUUGACGCCGUAUUACCUGAAUGAAUCCGACGGAAAAGUGUUUCAUGCUGCACUGAAGACGGCCUGUGACCAACACGACGCUUCCUAUUAUCCGCGUUUCAAGCAAUGGUGCGACGAGUACUUUUUCCUGCCGCAUCGCGGGGAAUCUCGUGGCAUUGGAGGCAUUUUCUUUGACGACCUCGACACUCCGAAUGAAGAGGCUUGCUUCGAUUUUGUCCAGUCCUGUGCGGAGUCGGUGAUCCCUUCUUACGUGCCUUUAGUCGAAGCUCACAAGGAUGACGCAUUCUCUGAUGAGCACCGGAGAUGGCAAUUAUUGAGACGUGGACGGUAUGUGGAAUUCAACUUGGUUUACGACAGAGGGACAAAAUUCGGACUGUGUACCCCUGGUGCAAGGAUUGAGAGCAUCUUAAUGUCUUUGCCGUUGUUGGCUCAGUGGGAAUACAUGCAUGAGCCUGAAGAAGAGUCGCCUGAAGGACGUUUGACAGCUGUUUUAAAAAAGGCUCGUGAGUGGUUGUAAGCUCCGCAAUAUUCAACACUUUCACAGGUUGAAACCAUUUGCUCAUGUGCAACAGAAUGUUAUGGUGCAGAUCCGUUGUGUGCCUUGUGUAUUUUUCCAAUUGGAAAUGUUACGUUUCUUUCCAAGGGAUGGUUUGACAUUUUGGUCGCGUAUUCUAUUCUAUUUUUUUACAUGAGUGUGUGAUUGAUAGUGAUAUGAUACUGUAAUAAGGUAAAUUUCUUACGCUUGGAAUUUUUAGAAAUUUCCCAGCAUCAGCGCUAGACUUUCCAGGAUUACCAAAACCAUAGGUCCGAUAGAGUAGAGUCAGUAGACCAUAGCUCAUGUACUGAAUCAGUUCCUAUUUCAUUUUAUUGCAGUAGCUGCUUUUCUUAGUUGUGAAGGAGAGCAUGUGCCUUUUACCUGGAAAUGAAUGAUCUUGCCUUGUAUAUUAUGCCUUGAAAUAGAUAAUAAAUGGUGCCAUAAUGGUUCAGGACGAAAAAAAUAUCAGAUAUAAGUGCCAUUGAAUUGGAGAAGCAUUGCAUUUUUUUUUUUCGAGAGAGAAGUACCCUAGAUUUUUCUGGACGAUUUUCAAAUGCUUGUUCAGUAUUUGCCACGAAUUGUCCGCUGUUAUAUAUUUGGUACUGAGAAGUAAUCCGGCUAAUGGGUCAUGCACUUUGUUCGCAAAUUUCAGCUUGCGUAGUAUUCUGGCAUGAAACGAAGUACAGAUUUUAGUAAUCAUUAAACAAGAUCGACGGCAAGAGUGAUCCCGAUUGUUCGACAUUCAUUUUCGAACCGUUUCACAAUUCAUCUUUUUCAUGCAUCGGUUCAAAAACGUGUUCGACGAAAAUUAUUGCGAUUCCGUACCCUAAUCCUUUUGGGUAAGUUUUGAUUUAUCCUUGAUUUUCUGUGCAUUUUUUUUUUCAAUGAAGUUUGUGCAACGUUUCUUUGUAUGUGUGUGGUUCCUGAUAUUUUCGGUUCUGUAACGGAGGCUGUUUCGCAUUUGUGGUGAUGGUUUUUGGUAAUGCAGUGGGGGGUAGAUGCGUUCUUUCAAGCGAUGUUCCUUAUUAUUUAUCAAUAUUUUAUUGCAGUAAAUGCAAUGCGUAUCGUGUUAAAUGUUGUUCCAUGAAUAUAGACGCAUGCAAAAAUGAGCAAGAAAAUAAAACCAACAGUGUCGCGGAUUUUAUGCAUUGGUCCGCGUGCCUCCGGAAAGACGAUGUUUUUAAGGAAACUCGAAGAUCCAGACCAAGAUUUAUCGCCUAUACCAACGGUUGGAGUGAAUCGUGCUGAAAUUUUACUGGAGAAACGCACGUACGGAAUCAAGGAGAUCGGAGCAGCAUUGAUGGAGACCUGGCCAACUUAUUAUGCCUCAUCGACCGCCUUCAUUUUCGUGAUAGACGGUGUGAAUCCAGGUCAAAUUGCCACAAACUUCGUGUGUUUGAUGGAUUUUCUUCGUCAUCCCGGGACUCAAAAAAAGAAGGUGUUGAUUUUGAUGAACAAACGUGACUUGAUUGGGCAGAUGUCAUUGGAAGAGAUCAAGUAUACCAUGCGGCUUCAUGACAUCAUCCGAGAAUCAACUCAAGAAUUUGAAGUUCUCGAGACUUCGUCGCGCACUUGUCAGGGAUUCAAGCAAGUGAGGGACUGGCUUGAGAAGCUGCCUCAGUCGACGGAAGAUGGUUGAUCUCUUAUCGUUGAACUAAUUUCCGCGCAUAUUGUGUUCAAGUAGUUUUGUGAUUUUUAUUCAUCUAUAUAUUGGAUGAUGGUGACUUCUCGUCCGAAUAUUCAUUGUGUUCCACUCGAAAUUUCUGUGAAGGCAUCAUCGUACAAGAUUGCUGGUUGAUUCCGUCCCGCAAUAUUUCCGUUUUUGGAUGAAAUGAAGGCAUUGCGUUUUGCUGGAAAAA